AUGUAUUUUCUUUCCAAUAGGGAAGAUGCUAUCUCAAUAAAGGAAUUAGCUUAUAUUGCUUUUGAGACUAUUGGAAUUGCGAGAGAACAAGUCAGAUUGAUAACAGAUAAGAAUAAGCCUGUCGGUGUUCAAAAUAGAAAUUCAGAUAAUACACUUAUUAGUCAAGUUCUUGGAUGGUCACCUAAAGCAUCGAUUCGAAAGGGUAUGGAAAGAACGACAACAUGGAUAAAAAAUGAAAUUGAAAAAGAGUUUAAUAAAUGUAAAAAUGAGUUAAUGAGGAACGAAUUGAAAGCAAACUACCGAAAAAGCAGUGUAGCGAAAAUAUUAAAAGAUGAGAUUAAAUUCGGAAUUCUUCUUCCGAUCACAUCCCGCGGGCUAGAAAGCCCCAAAGAUUGUCUUUAUAAUUUGCAUAAUUUUGCACAGAGUGUAUACGAAACAACACAAAUAGAUAUUAUAGGUAUGAAUAGUAUUAAAUUUUCGUUAAAAUUCUUUAUAGGAAUUGAUAAAGAUGACACUUUAUUCCAUCCUAUUGAGAAAAAUAUAGCCGAACAAAUACUUAAGGAACACGGGUUAAUCGAUGUAGAAACGCGCGAGUUUGAUCUGCCUCUCGGAUCCGUCAGUAAAAUUUGGAAUGAUUUAGCAAUAGAUGCUUAUAACCAGAAGUGUGAUUAUUUAAUACUUUUUGGUGACGACAUUAUAAUUGAGAGCACUGAUUGGAUGUCAAAAAUUCACGAAGAGUUUAUGAAAAUUUCAAAGGAAAAAAAAGUGCCAUGCGGUUUUGGAUGCGUUGCAUUCACUGACAUAAUGUCUCCUGGAUUUCCAACAUUUUCAGUAAUGUCACGACUUCAUAUUGAUAUAUUUAAUGGUAAACCAUUUCCAGAAGGAUUUACAAAUUGGGGCCCAGAUCCUUUUCUUUUCCAAUUGUAUCGUCGAUUUGGUUGUUCAGUAAUGUCAAAAAGAAUUAAACUCAAGAAUUUAAUAGGAGGCAAUAAAAAACCACGAUAUAAGGGAAUACGUUAUGAUUGGUCCUUUUCUGUUUUAGAUAAUGCUGUAUUAUCUGUUGAAGAAUGGAUGUGCAAUACAAUUGAAAAUCCUAUUCCUAAACUCCUUACCCUAGAUAUAGUUGUAUCAACAUAUAGGAAAUUUGAAUAUGACGCAUUUGUUAGAAUUCGUAUGCAGGGAAAAAAUCUUGGAGCGAGUGAAGCAAGAAAUCGAGGGCUAUUAGAAUCCAGAGCAGAUUAUGUUUUAUUUUUAGACGAUGACGUAAUCCCGCAACCGGAUAUUUUGAUAGAGGCGGAGAAAAUAAUCCGAAAAUAUCCAAGAGCAUGCGGUUUUGUCGGAUGUACGAAAUUUCCAGAUCCAAGCAAAACUAUUUUUACAAGCGCUGUGAAAAUGUCAGGAACAACUUAUUUUUGGGACAUUGCCGAGCGAAUUGAGGAAGAUAUCCCAUGGGGAGUGACAGCAAAUUUAAUAGUUCGUCGUUACAAGGAUAAUGUUCAGUUUAAUCCUAAAUUCUCUAAAACAGGAGGUGGAGACAUCGAUUAUUGUAUGCAAAAAAGGCAAUUCUUCACACGGAAUGUUCAAAACGGUGAGGGCUUCCGAGGAGCACCUCUAGUAAGGGCAGUACAUCCUUGGUGGGAUAACAGAAAAAGGUUAUAUCUUAGAUUUGCUAAAUGGGCGUAUGAAGACGGACAAUUAAUUAAGAUGUACCCAGAGCACGCAUAUAAAGACAGUUUCCCCAACGGCGCAGAACUUUUUUUAGUUCUCAUGUCACUUUUUAUAAUUUUCCUUUUUACAAAAAUUUUGAUAAACAAUCAAAUAUUGAAUGAGCUGACGCUCAUAACGACUAUAUCAAUAUCAUUAGUAGUCGUUGCAAAUAUGAUUGCUGAUAUUAUUUGCUUCGUGGUGUUAGAACCGGAACUUCAUAUUCCAGAAUUAAAAGGAUAUCGUCGCAUAAUCGCAGCAUUAGAAUCAACAAUCAUACGAAUUACCA